AUGAUUCCACACGAACGAUCACCAUUCAUCAUUCACACACCAACAACUCCUCAAGAUACGGAUUAUCCAACAACCAGCACUGCAUCUACAACAGAAUUAUACAAUGAAACCAUCAACGAAAUGAGUCGCGAUGAGGAUCCAAUGGUAACAUCUUCCUUGUCUAUUGACGAGUCGUCAACGUUGGGUCUCACCAACACAACCAACAUAAUGACCGAUGAUCAUUCCAUGUCCUCCGUCAGGAAAAGUAAAAUUGAAUUAUUCAAUCAUGAUGAAAUUUCGGAAUGUCCUCCUCCAAUUUCUGAAUAUGCUCCCGAUGAUUUUGAAACCAAUAUUUAUAAACAAGAAAUAAUUAGAACUAUGAGUAAUCACUCAAAUCUUCAAUUGAUCUCUAUUGCAACUGGACAAAGCCUUUUCCGAACCAAAUAUAAUCAAUUAAGAAAGUUUUGUAAAUUCACGGUUGAGAUUCAAAAGCCUCUUCCUCCAGUUCCACCUGCAAAAGAACAAUCGGGAUUGUUAGGAUCACUCAAUGAAGAGGUAUUUCUGAGAAUACGAGCUCCACAACAUUCUCAUGAUGAGGAAGAAGAACCCGAAGAUGAACAUGUGGAAGGUGGAGAAGGGGAAGAUGAUGACGAUGAUUAUUGGAUUGAUGAACAACAGGAAGGCGACGAUGAAACAUUGGAAAGUGUUGUUGAAGAAACACAACGACAACAGCAACGACCAAGAUUAUUGCCAAGAAGAGCACCAAUAGUCUUUUCAUCACGACGUCAUGAACCUUAUCAUCAACCGUUCCAUCAUUAUGAAAACAGUGAUGAGGAAGCAGAACAUGAGGAAGAAGAAGAACGUUAUACUUUUGAGGAUAGUGAGGAAGAAGAGGAUGAGCAAAUGAGAGAUCAAGAAAUGUAA